AUGAGGAAUGUGAACAACUUAACAAGGUCGAGCAACAACAAUUUUUGUAUUGUACUGCAGGUGAACAACUUAACAAGAGACUUGCAGAGGCGUGGCGCCCCUCAGGGGCCCUCCCAAGGGCAGCAGGCCCAGGAGCCCUGCCACAGGUUGGCACAGGUACCUCUUCCAGGGACUGUGGCGCCCCCAAGGCCACUCCAGGACGACAGCGCCCCUAUAGGUUCGUCCCAGGUGGCAGUACGCCCCGGGGUUCCUGCUCCCAAAGGUGGCAAAUCCCCCAGGGGCUGCCAUGGGCUGUAUGGCACCCCAAAGGGCCCACCAGGGCUGUCGCGCCCUCAAAAGGCCUAUCAGGGGGCGGCGGUACCUCCAGAGCCCUCCAGGAGUGAUAAACUACUGCCACAAGGGGCCCUACGAACAGCGCUCCUUUGGGCCUCCUGUCUGCAGCAGGUGCAGCGCUUUCCGGAAGCACUGCAGGGGCGGCGGCAACCCGAAGCCCUUCCGGGACGCAGGGGCCCUCUGAGAACUGUGACAACCCCAGGAGACCUUCCGGGGGGUGCAAUGACACCAAGGGGCCCUCCCAUGGGCAGUGGCCGCAGAAGGACACUUCAGGUCCGUGGGCCCCCAAGAGCCCUCACAGGGCAGUGGCACCCCAGGGGCCUCCCAGGGCGGCGUAGCCUCCAGGAGCCUGCCAGGGACUGUGGCACAGUGAGGCCUUCUUCCAGGGAACGUGGCUCCCGAGGCCCUCCCAGGGGCGGCGAGGGGUGCUCCCAGGGUCCUCCCAGGGAAGCAGCGCCCCCAAGAGUUUCAAGAUGGCAAGCCCCAGAGGCCCUGCCGUGUUUGUGUGCCCAGGGUCUCUUCCAGGAACUGUGGCGCCCCCUAGUCCCUACCGGGGCUGGCGGCACCCCCAGAGACCUCAGGAUUGGCGGUGCUCACGAGGCCACUCCAGGAGGUGGUGUGCAAAACAACUGCCCCCGAGGGGUCUUACAAGGAGCAGCGCUCUUUGGGGCUCUACAAGGCACCCCACCAGGUUCCCGUGCUUCAGGGGCCCUCGUUGGGGCAGCGGCGACAAGGCCACUCCCAGAGCCCACAGGGACCUUCAAAUAG